AACCGAAACUGACAACUACAAGACAGAAUACUGAUAUUGGAUUAUUAACGUGUCCAGUUGAGGAAUAACACAGAUUAAACGUAAAAGUAACUUCAAGAGACCGCUCCAAAAGAGGGAGGGAACCACACCAGCAGGUAGUGAUGGCGUGAUUAGGCUUCAUGAAGAACUGAAGUUCUCCAGCAAAUUGGUCCACUAAAGGGUUCAUCUCUCGAGGCUUCAUCUGGACUUCAUCUGGACUUGAAACCACCUGUCAGUCAAAGAGUGUAAAACAGGCACAUAUCCUCCAGAUAAUGUGGCAGAGGUUUAAGCGGGCACAGGGCAGUGAAUGUGCUUGUGUAACUAAAGGAAAAUGAUAGCUGGGAGACAUUAUUCGUUUUUAUACAUGGAUUAAUAAGUUCUCAACUGUAUUUCGGCUUCGGGCAUCUUCAAUGACGUCAUUGGUCUAAAACGAUACAAGCCUCGACGCGCGCUUCACAGAACACUUCCUGGAUUACUCGACACACGCUCCGAAGCCUCGGCACAUCAAGUAACAUCACUACCAGCAGGUUUUCCUCCUGUUUGAUUGUUCUGCAAAUGGCUUCAGCACCAGAGGAGGAUCUCUCCUGUCCUAUCUGCCAGGACAUCUUCAAAGAUCCUGUCAUCCUGUCGUGUAGCCACAGCUUCUGUAAAGACUGCCUGCAGAGCUGGUGGGGAGGGAAACAAAUACAGGAGUGUCCAGUUUGUAAGAGGAGGUCGUCAAGGAGUGAUCCACCUCGAAACUUGGCGUUAAAGAACCUGUGUGAGGCCGUCUCACUGGAGAGGUCUUCAGAGACUCUCUGCAGUCUGCACUCUGAGAAACUCAAACUCUUCUGUCUGGACCAUCAGCAGCCGGUGUGUCUCGUCUGCAGAGAUUCAAAAACACACAACGACCACAAGUUCAGACCCAUCGAUGAAGCUGUACAGGAUCACAGAGAGGAGCUGCAGAAGUCCCUGAAGCUCUUACAGGACAAACUGAAGCUCUUCAAACAAGUUAAAGGAAACUCUGACCAAACAGCAGAACACCUGAAGGUCCAGGCCCGACACACUGAGAGGCAGAUUAAGGAGCAGUUUAAGAAGCUUCACCAGUUUCUAGAAGAGGAAGAGGAGGCCAGGAUGUCAGCUCUGAGGGAGGAAGAGGAGCAGAAGAGUCAGGUGAUGAAGGAGAAGAUGGAGGUUCUGAGCAAAGAGAUAGCAGUUCUUUCAGACACAGUCAGAGCCACAGAGGACGAGCUGAGAGCUGGAGACGUCUCAUUCCUGCUCAACUACAAGGCUGCAGUGGAAAGAGUCCAGCAGCGCCCCCUGUUGGAGGAUCCACAGCUGCUCUCAGGAGCUCUGAUAGACCAGGCCAAACACUUGGGUAACCUCAGCUUCAACAUCUGGAAAAAGAUGAAGGACAUGGUCUCCUACACUCCUCUGAUUCUGGAUCCAAACACUGCUGGUCCAGACCUCAUCCUGUCUGAAGAUCUGACCAGUGUGAAACGAGGAGACAAACAGAAACUUCCUGAAAACCCGGAGAGGUUUGAUUACUUUCACCCUGUCCUGGGCUCUGAGGGCUUUAACUCAGGGACUCACAGCUGGGACGUUGAGGUUGGAGACAGUACAUGCUGGUCUCUGGGUGUGGCAGCAGAGUCUGUAGGGAGGAAAUGGAAGAUACAGUCUGGAAUCUGGAGAAUAGGAUUAUCUAAUGGUAAAUAUAAAGCCUUCCCUCCAUCAGUCAAACCAGUCGUCCUCCCAGUGAUGGAGAAGCUCCAGAGGAUCAGAGUCAAUCUGGACUGGAACAGAGGAAAACUGUCGUUCUCUGAUCCUGAUACUAACACACACAUACACACCUUUACAUGCACUAUCACUGAGAAGCUGUUUCCAUACUUUAGCAAUAGAGAUGAAUUGCCUAUUAACAUUUUACCAGACGUGGAUGACGACGACAGAGGCUACAGUGAUUUUGGAUACUAAGGAUGAUGAUAACACACAUACAGUACAGCAAUCAGUUGGUUCCAUCUCUUUUAAUCUAAUGCUAUUUUAUUGUAUUUGACCCUUAAUGAAUAGUCAAUCAGGAGAACUUUCCAUACUUUAGCAAUAGCGGUGAAUUGCCUAUUAAGAUUUUA